ACGUCUGAUGACGUCUUUCCGGGUUGUCCUCAACCCGUCCUAACACGUGGAUUAUUACUAGAGAAGACGAGAAGGUUGAAAUCGGUAUUGGAAAUCUGUUUUUGUACAUUUUUCACCAAAAAAGAGACCUCGAACCACACCGCCAACAUGGUGAAGCCAGGGUUUAAGGGGAAAAGUACGAUAAACACCUCGUCAUCCAGCAGCAACCCGGAUCGACCGAAGGCGGCUGGAGCAACAAACAUGAGGGACCGGACGACCAUCAAGCGCCUCAAUAUGUACAGACAGAAACAGCGCUGUAACAACAGGGGAAAGGUCAUCAAACCCCUGCAGUACCAGUCCACCGUAGCGCCGGGAACGGUGGCCCGAGUCGAGCCCAACAUCAAGUGGUUCAUGAACACGCGUGUGAUCAAGCAGUCGUCGCUGCAGAAGUUCCAGGAUGAGAUGGGCCGGGUUAAGAAGGACCCGUACCGCGUGGUGAUGAGGCGGAGCAAACUGCCCAUGUCCCUGCUGCACGACAGAGUCAAGAGUCACAAUGCUAAGGUGCACAUCCUGGACACGGAGACGUUCGGGACGACGUUCGGGCCCAAGGCCCAGAGGAAGCGGCCCAGCCUGGGCGUGGCCGACAUGCGGGACCUGGCGGAGCGGGCCGAGGCCGAGGCCGAGAGCUACAGCGCCGAGAAGGACCGCGACCUGGUCACCGAGGACAGCGGAGUCCGGGACGAGACCAGGGAGGAGAUCUUCAAGAAGGGCCAGUCCAAGAGGAUCUGGGGGGAGCUCUACAAGGUGAUCGACUCGUCGGACGUGGUCAUCCAGGUGCUGGACGCGCGGGACCCCAUGGGCACGCGCGCGCAGAGCAUCGAGGGCUACCUGAAGAAGGAGAAGCCCUGGAAACACCUGAUCUUCGUCCUCAACAAGUGUGACCUCAUCCCGACCUGGGUCACGAAACGCUGGGUGGCACUGCUGUCCCAGGAGUACCCAACGCUGGCGUUCCACGCCAGCCUCACCAACUCCUUCGGCAAGGGGUCCCUCAUCCAGCUCCUGCGGCAGUUCGGCAAGCUCCAUGGCGAUAAGAAGCAGAUCAGCGUGGGGUUCAUCGGGUACCCCAACGUGGGCAAGAGCUCCAUCAUCAACACGCUGCGCUCCAAAAAGGUCUGCAACGUCGCCCCCCUCGCCGGGGAGACCAAGGUCUGGCAGUACAUCACGCUGAUGCGACGCAUCUUCCUCAUCGACUGCCCGGGCGUCGUGUACCCCUCUGACGACAGCGAGACCGACAUCGUCCUGAAAGGAGUGGUCCAAGUGGAGAAGAUCAAGAACCCGGAAGAGCACAUCGGGGCGGUCCUGGAGCGGGCCAAGCCGGAAUACAUCCGGAAAACCUACCGGGUCCCGGUCUGGAGCUCGGCCGAGGACUUCCUGGAAAAACUGGCGUUCCGAACGGGAAAACUCCUGAAGGGGGGCGAGCCGGACCUCCCCACCGUUUCCAAAAUGGUGCUGAAUGACUGGCAGAGGGGACGGAUCCCCUUCUUCGUGAAGCCCCCCAACACUGAGACAGACCAGGAGCGGCAGGAGAGACUAGCAGCGGUGGCAGCGGCCACACAGGAAGUGGGCCCCGCCCUUUGUGAGGGCGAGGGGGCGGAGCCUGUGGGAGAGGGUGCGGAGCAGGAGGCCCAGGCUGCACAGCAGCGGGACGGGCAGGUGCAGAAGAUGCUCACCUCCCUCCACCAGAACUUCGGCAGGAUCAACGUGGUGCCGGACUUCACCGACGAGGACCUGGUGCCCGUGGAGGUGUCGGACAUCUCCGACCUCUCAGGGUCCGAGGAGGAGGGGGAGGAGGAGGAGGGGGAGGAAGAGGAGGAUAGAGAGGAGGGGAAGGACGGGGGAGAGCAGACGGAAGAGCAGGCCGACGGCUCUGCGGCCACCAGCGCCGCCGCCCCCGCGGACGGCAGGAGUUCGCGCGAGGUCGUCCGCGCCCUGGACGAGAAGAUCGCCAAGUACAAGCAGUUCCUGGCCCGCGCCAAGUCCAAGAGGUUCUCCGCCAUCCGCAUCCCCAAGGCGCUCUCCGAGACGAUGCGACCCCCGACAGAGCAGAAGCGCACGGCGCCCGCAGAACCGCGCUCACAAGGGAGCACGGAGACCAGCAGGAAGAGGAGAGCAGAGGAAGAUGGCGAGCAGGGGCCCGUGUCCAAACAGACUUCCAAAGAGAGGCGAAGGCAGGAGCGCGCUCAGAAGGCCAGGAAGGUGGGGGUGCGGUACUACGACACGCACAACGUCAAGAACAAGAACAAGGACAGGAAGAGGCCCAGGACUGCCCAGGGCAAGGGCAACAGGAAGGGCAAGCGCUAGCCACGCCCAGAGGUCACGCCCCCAAUGGCCACACCCAAAACGGCACCAAGGCCCCAAACCCCCCCCCCGUCAAAUCACACACCCGUCUGUGCCUGCGUCUCCUGGUUUUUAAUCGCGAGUUUCAUGAUGCCUUAAAACUCCGCAGAUCCAGGGAAGGGGUGGCGAGACUUAUGACAGUGUUUCUGUGUUGGAAGCGUUUAUUGUACACACCAUUUAUAAAUCCCAUUGUGUGGAUAUGUAUGUACAGAGCCUCAAAUGCAAUAAACAUGGAGAGUAUGGACUGCCAGGA